CUAGUGCUGCAUUCGUUAGUCGGCAAAUGUGGGAACCGAGAUCUGCCAUCUGACGUUCUACUGCGGAAUAUACACCGUUGGAUUAUUUAAUCGGUCCUUGGAUUAUGCAAAGCAUUUACACAUUUCUAUGGAUUUAGAAAAUCAUUUUCUGGCGGGAUUGUGCAAUGUGGUGUUUGUGGUUUAACUGAGGCAGACGACCAUCGAUUUUUUGCUUUUCCCCGUCGGGAGCGCGGGGCCCAUCACGUUUCUCUGCCGACUUCCUGGGUUCGCUUGCUGUGAUGUAGGUGUGUAUGUUCAUAGUACAGUGUAAAAGAUUCGGAUUUAUUAUUUCAUUUCAAAUCUUACACUGAUACACGAAAGAUCUGAAAACCACGACCUUAAAUAUCCAGGAAGUCGAGUGCUGACAAAAUAUACCCAGUUUUAUCAAAGAUGUGACGACACUGGAAAAGUUACCUGUGCAUCACUACGGCUUGGAUUGAAAUGUUAACUACAGCAUGUAGUGAUUUUAAUUCUAUGGUUUCUAUAUGAGAUCAGCGCUGAGACCAACAGCCAGAGCGACUCUGCCACCGCCAGAUCAGGGCAGUGGUGUUGUCAUUACGCUUGAACAGGUGCGGCCGCACCCCAGACACCAGAAUGAGUAUGUAGACUCACCCCGGGGGCAACCCCUGGGGAGCCUCAAGGCCCCUGCCUCCCAGGGUACUGUGAUCAUCGGUGGUGGGACGAGGGAGAGUCCACACUCUAGGGUUAUACUGCCUGGGCGAGGUGUGAGAGCGCUUAAUACCGUUAUCUCCACCCAGCCUCCUGUGUCUAUAUCCCCUCCUCUGAAGAAGGACCCCUUGAUCGAGGAGGACGAUGGCUCGAUUAUUUGCCGUAAAUGUGGCAAAUGUAGGUGUGGUGCGUGCACGGGGCAGCGAGAGCUGCCUUCUAGGUGGCUCUUUGGAGACAAGUGUGAAAUCAGUGAAGACACUGUGGUAGAAACGUGCACAUGUUUUUGUUGUGUGAAAGGCGUGUUUUACCACUGCGGUAAGGACGAACAGGACUCUGAUUAUGUUUGUGACACAGACCCUUGUGCACUGUGUAGUAAACCGCAUUGUUGUGAACGUUGGACAUGCAUGGCAUUGAUGUCGCUGUGUCUGCCCUGUUUGUGCCUGUAUUGGCCAGCCAAGGGUGUGCUCAAAGCAUGUACUGUAUGUUACAACAAGUGUCGCAAAAAGGGCUGCCAAUGUUCGUCGAAGGCCACAAAGCAUAGUAACGAACAGAGCUCACAGUCACAGUCAAGACGUUUACUGAUCGAGUCGGAUUCGAGUACUGGUAGUUCAUGAGAACCGUUGGCAUUUGUGAUUGUUUUUUUUUUUUCUCGACUUAUGUGUGAUAUAAUGUGCGUACAAACACAUACUACGUACCUGAGUCCCAGAUUUACUGUACCGUGGUUGUCAUGAUUGUGUAAUAUCGUUACUCGUCUGUCGUUCAUCUGAGGAAGACUUACUAUAUAUAUAUAUAUAUAACAAUUGUUUUGACCAGAUUUUUUUCUUCAAAACAUUGUAAUGGAAAAACUUCAUACCAUUCUAUUCUGUAUUCUGUGCCAAUUGACAAAUAUUUUUGUUUCGCUUCUUUAAAUUCAAAAUUCAGACAUGUUGUAUUUCUCAAUAGAAUUUCUGUUAUAGAAUGGAUACUAUUAGCAUAUGUUUCUAUAUGUUCCAAUUGAUUACUAUUGGAUAUUUUGAAGACAAAACUGAAUGCUUUCACAAUGGUUGAUUCCUGUGGAUUUUUGGCCAUGGUGUAUUUUACUCAAUAAAUAUGAAAUUUGGAUGGAUACUUUCGGCAUGUGAAAGAAAAAUGUGUAUGCAUCUUGUGAACUGAGUGCGGAAAUGUGGCUAACUUUGCACAAAAUAGGAACAUUAUUGGGAUAUUAUAAUAACUUUCAUCAUGAAUCAGUGGUUUAGCACUUUUAAAUUUCAAUGGAUUGUGUUAACUACCUCUUAUAGAAAAUAUAGCACACUAACUUUGAAUAUAAAGUCAGCAAUUGUCUUGGAUUACUUAGACGUAUAACACAUGCAUCAGGACACAAUGUCAUCGCAGAUGAAACCUGUAGAAUUUUGGACCAAUUCAGUAGACUUGUGAGUGAUCCAUUUGUUUAUCAGUGAUCCAAUGACAAUAAGUGAACUGCUUCAAAUACAUGACCACCCUAAAAUUUGUUUUGCAAAUAACCCACAUGUUUGGGCCAUUAUAUCUAUGGUUGGUCCAAAGGUAUUAGAGAUGAAGUGAAUCUAAAUGAACAAAGUUUGCACUUUGUGAUUAUAUUGUUUGUGCCCAAGCACACAUUUUGCAGCCUAUGUGAACUCAAAACCAGGAAUUUUGAUUCUCUUCACAGAACUAGUAAUGUAUGUGCUCCAGUAGUUCCUGCAGUCUACAAAAAUCUUGUUUCAUAAAAUAUCUGUCAGACCAUAAAUUACACAGCUACACUGGAAGAUGUUUCAGAUUAUCAGUCUAAAAACUGAAAAUACUCCAAGUUUUUAGACACAGCCUUUGAAUUUAGAAGUGUUUAACUAACAUCAUAUUAAAACUUAAGCAUUUAAUGAAAACCACGAGGAUUUGGCAGGAUCUACUGGUGUAGGACUAGAGAGCACCAGAUGUGGUAGGAUGGGGAUACAUGUACUAGGUUUGGUUUGAGAAAGAGGGUCAACUUGGGGGAGGUUCCAUUUCAUACUAAAAAAAAUAAUUUUAAAAAAAAGAUACUGUGGCAUUACUUUUCAAAAAACCUCAAAAGUUAAGUUUUGUAAGAUUUUCUUUUUUUUCCUUUAAGUGGUCGUCGGGUUUGCUUUAAGCUCCAUUUCACAUUAUAACAUUCUUUCCUUUUUUUUCUUUUUUUUUUAAAUAUAUAUACAUAUAUGAAUUGUGUAUGAAUCACUGAUGAACUUAUCCUUUGAGUUUUGAAAUUUUCUGCUUUAAGAAGGACAGGGGGCAUUCUAUAAGUGUGUCUGUCUGAAUUGGAGAAAACAUUUAUAUGCUAUCAUGUUUGUUAUCAGAGAUCACCCUGGUUUUCAUUCAAAGUCACAGUCUUUCGAAAUUUCAAUUUUACAAUUUCAAAUAUUCACAUGGCUUCAUAAGUCAUCAAUUACAAACAAUUACAGUAUAUUAAUGUGUUUACACCUACAUGUUUACGAUAAACAUUAUUAACAAUUUCAGUGCAAUAGAAAAGAAGCUGUAAGAGUUGUUUUACCAUUUUAAUGAACAAUUUUGUACAUGUACAAAAUCAUCCCCAUAUAACAUAUACCCAUAGCAACAGGUCACCUCAGAAUGCAAAUUUAUCAACUUUAAGGUUUGGUGAAAAAUUCAGAUAACUUUUGAAGUCUAAUGCAAGAGAUUUCCAGAUAAAUGAAAGUUCUUAUAGAAGUUUGCACUUAUUUUAAUAUUCUCUAAAAACCUGUUUUUAAAGUGCAGACCUUUGUAAUAUUUUGAUUAAAAUUACUGUAUAGCACUUGUAUUUUGCAGGUCAACAUUUUCCCCAAUUUUAUUUCCACUGGCUAAUAUUGAAGAUAAAAUAAUUUAGAACACUCCAGUUACUUAUCAGUGAGUCUUUUAAAAAAAAUGAAGAUUUCAAUUUCACAAUUUUUAAUUUAGUAUUGUGAAUUAAUUUUAACGUUAAUUAAAAUCUGCAAAAUAUUGGUGCUAUACAACAAUACACAAGUAAAUGUAUAGAACAUGAGAAAGAAAAUUUUGAUGAUUAAGUCGAAAGUGCAAAACUUUUUUAUUCUUUGAAACAUUUUUAUUGGACACAAGUGCCACACAUACCUUUUCUUUUUCGAGGGUGACAGUUGAAUUCAAGAUUGUUUUCAUGUUUAAAGCAUUUUCAUUUGGUAUACAUUCGUACAUGAUGUUUUUCUUUCUUAUAAAUCUGAACAGGGCCUGUUCAAUUGUUUGUUGUACGCUGUUAGUUACAGAUAUUAGUAUACGAUUAUGUUAAAAAGUUGUUAUUGAAUAGAUUCCAGAAUGUGAGGAUGUAGUUCUAUACGUCACUGUACUGCAACCCUUGGAAAACUUGUGAUUAUCAAAAUGUAUGUAUAUAAUUGUCAUUUAAAACAAAGUGUACAGUCAUUUUGUGUAUAUAAAGAACAGCCAUCUAUAUAUAGAUAUAUGAAUUUGUGUAUACCGGCUAAUGUAAAUGGAUGAAUUUGCAGUUAGCUUGAAAUUUGUACACAGGUUAAUCCUAUCCGUUCUAUUGUACGUCUUCAGCUACACAAUCACAGUGUAUCUGUUAAUAAAUUCAUAAAAUACAGCAACAUUUUUUGUCUAUUAUGGAUUUAAAUAAAAUUCAAAGUAAUGGUUGUAAGGAAAUUCAAGAUUUUUAUAGAUUUUGUUUUCCAAUAAAAGAAAGGGGGAAAAAAAUACGGGUUGAGCAUAUAUUUGGUGUGAAGGUAUUUAACACUACUGAACCUAUAUCUGGUUAACUGAACUGGCUGUCCACUGUCCAUGGACUAUUUAAUGAUAGAAACUGACCAACACAAAGUAUCUUCCUGUAAAGAUGGAUACAACAAUUUGUAAUUUGACUUUUAACAUUUAUGAAGAAAAAAAGUUGCUUGAGGCACUAUAUAUACACUUUGUGUGCAUGUGUAGCAACUUGUCAUCACUAUGCAUUUACACAACUAAUUAAUGAUACAUCAUAAUCUAUCCUUUAUUUACAAAAACAACAUAAUUGAAAAGUUGUUCUGGGAUAUCAUUGACUUUUAAGGUUAGAAAAAUAAGAGAAAAGGAAACUCACUGCUUUGAUUGUAUCAGUUUUAAAACAAAAUUUUUGGAGGGAAGAAAAAAAAAUCAAAACCCCCUGUGGAGAGCCCCGUUGUCAGUUACAUUUUGCAGUGAGCAGAAUUCCUGUAUGAAGUAUGUAUGGAGAAUGUGGAGCAGGUUCCCAUGAACUAGGCUUGUUCUACACCCCAUAAUGGCCGAAUCAGCCACAUCCUGUUGUGUGGAGGAAGAAUAGAGAGCUAGGGAAACAAAGGACCACUAAUCACCAUCCUCAGACCUUGUUCUGGUUACACUCAGUCGGAGCUGAGAUCCUCUUCUAUUUCUCAUAUACAUCUGUAAGGCUGGAAAGUUUAGAUGAAUAUUUUUAUCCAAAUGGGCUUGGCCAGAAGUCUAUAUAUUACUGCAAUGAUAUUGACAGACACUUGAUACUCCAACAAAGGCAUCUGUCAGACUGUCUAAUUAAUAAACUGUGUUUUCACCUGUGCUCAUACACAUUGGUUAUAAAAUUGGAAAAAAAAUUUGAGAGUAUUUGUCGAAAUAACUUGCAUUAAGUUUUUUUUUUUCACUUUUCACCAAAGCUUUCUUUCCUUCUGAAGGCAAUCUCUGAUUUGGUUUAGUUUUGGUAUCAAACAUUCUGUUUCAAAUUUGCUUGUAUAAUACAGGAAAAUGUGGGUUCUCCAUCCUUAAGUCUCCAUAACGAUUUAGUACAUUUUGGUAUUUAUACAGUACCCUGUAAACUGCAUUUGUAAAAUAAGAUUUAUGUGACCGCCAAUGAUAUAUUUCCACCAUGCGCUGUGAAUUGGCUUUUCAUUAACCAAAGAUACAUAGUAGAGCCAUCAACAGACUUGAUAAUGGAGAGAAGUUGGCAUCUACCUGUAGGAGUCGAUGAACCAGAAUUACAUUUCUUUGUGGCAUAUUACAGCGCGGACUAAUUAGGACAAGCUGGUAUUACACACAGUAAACAGUAGCUACGUUCACCUCUGUAUGUCGAGGCAGUUUAUGUGUGAUCUACGUGACAAGUGGGUAUAACACAACAGUGUAAUACACUGUGCUGUACAUUAAUAUACAGGUGUGCUCUCACCUUACAUUGGCUGCAUACUUUUCACAUGUGUGAUGUGCACUGACUACAUGUGUGUUUCAUGGGUGAAUCUCUGUACACAUAUGCUUCAAGCUGAAAGUAGUAUACUCCUAGCCUUUGCAAGGUACACCUGUGAUGUAUGUAGAUGCACACUGUUCUGACAUUUUACUUUUUGUAAAAUAUUAGCAUCGGUUCAGUAGUGGUUUUUACCAAACCAAAGUCUUUAUAUAUUACUACACGAGAUACAUGGUCAGUACAAAGAUUCUGGUAAAAUUGAAUAACUGUUGUUAAUCCUUGUGGUAAAUUUACUGUAGACCCAGAUCUACAAAGUUAUCAUAUUCAUCAACAUCAAGCCUGUAUUAUACUGUUAUAAAGUAAAAGUUGUUAACAUAUUUUUAAUCAUAAAAUGUUCGAUUAGUCAUUUCUUUGUUGCUGUUGUUUAUAUAAACCUAAUCAUGUUAGUUCAGAUUUAUUCUUGGAUCCUAACAUCAUAGAUGAGUCAUAGUUUAAAAUCAUUUGAAGAUCAUAUCGCUUUUCUAGGACUAACUCACUGGAUGGGUUAGAUUUCUGAUCAAUUUCGUCACUAGAUAGACCAUGUUGUGUAUUCAUCAUCAUUCUCAGUAUAUUGUUUUAAAACUAAUUACUUUGUGAAGUUAAUUGUUUUUUAAUUGAAAAUUGUGGAAAAAAAACUUUCAUUGCAUUUUAAAUUGAGAAAAUCUUGUGUGAAUUAUAAGGAUAUCUUUGAACCAAAGUUCUGCUGUUGGUAUACUUUACCAGGAUAAAUUCUGUCAAUUUGUCUGCAAGACGAGUGUUGUUUGAGAUGCUGAAGUUUAUCCUUGAUGGAUAAAAUCUGUGAAUUUGCUUGUUUGUUGAAUAAUGGUAUCAAAUAUUUAAAGAGAAUUUUGUCCUUUUUGGAUUAAAAUUCUGUGAAUUGGUCAGAGAGUUGAAAGUUAAUUUGGGAAAAAAAUUGAAAGUUUUUAUCCUGCCACUGAAUUCUGAAUUGAACUGCUCUGUUUUUGACAUUGUUGAGGAUGGUGUUGUAGACCGUUGUUACUUGUUAGUACUAGAGUAAUUAUAACGUGUGUUAAUUAGGGAGACUUAUGUUAAAAUGUAUAUAUAUAUAUGUAUUAUAUAUAUAUAUUAAGCUUGUUGAACAGUCCUUGUACACAUAAAACAGUGCUGUAAACAAAACGUGAUGCUGUACAUACUCUGUAAAACUGAGGAUAAAAAUAUUUCAGCUCCUUCAAUGGGAAUCUUCAA